GGCACCUUUCGGGCGUCAUUACGCCAUCGCGUGCCGGUGCUCUGCCCCAGCCAAUCGGAAGCAAGCGGAAAGGAGGGCGAUUGUUUCUGGGCGACGCCAUUUUGGAAGCGAAGGGCAUUGAAUGGUUGUUGCCAGGACGUGAGAGAACUAGCAGCAAUGGCAGGACAUGAUGCACACGGAUCACAACACCAAUUCACAGGAUUUCAGAAGUACUUCAAUUCCUACACCAUAACAGGCAGAAGAAAUUAUGUACUAGCCACAUAUGCAAGCAUCGCAAUGAUCAUCUUGUACUUUAAACUGAGGCCUAAGAAACAAACUCCUGCUGUGACACAGAAAUAAUGUGAUUGCUGACAUGUUGACACUGAACUUGCAAUGCUGUUUUGCUGCAGCUAGUAGAAACUGAUGUUCACAUCAAUAAAUCAUGAACAAUGA